AUCGAUCGAUCGCUCACUCACCCACUUGUCUCACACUCUCACUGAGCUCCUCUGCUUCUCGCAUCCAUGGCCGCCGCCGCCACGGGCCCUGUCCCCUUCAAGGACGCCGACGACGACGGCACGCUCGCCGCCGCCGAGGCGCGCUCGCCUCUCCCGAAGGAGGAGUUCGGCGACCUCGUCGCGGCGCUGCCGCGGAAGGAGCAGUACCUCGACGGGCGGCUCUACGAGGGGUUCUGGCUGCCGGAGCACUACGCGCCGGGGAUCAUCGCGUUCCGCCGCCGCUUCACGCCGCGCGCCGACGACGUGGUCCUUGCCAGCUACCCCAAGUGCGGCACCACGUGGCUCAAGGCGCUGGCCUUCGCCGCCAUGACCCGCGCCGCCUACCCGGCGGACGAACACCCGCUGCUCCGCCUCAACCCGCACGACGUCAUCCCGUUCGUCGAGGACGUCUUCACCGACGGCCACGAGGCCAAGCUCGACAUGCUCCCCUCGCCGCGCCUCAUCAACACGCACACGCCGUACCAGCUUCUCCCGGAGUCGGUCGUCGCCGGCGACGGCGGCGGCGGAUGCAAGGUCGUCUACAUCUGCAGGGACCCCAAGGACAUGGUCGUGUCGCUGUACCACUUCAUGCGGCGCCUCCAGCCCGACCUGUCGCUCGCCGGCGUGGUGGAGUCCGUCGCCGACGGCACGGUGCCGUUCGGGCCGAUGUGGGACCACAUCCUCGGCUACUGGCGGGCGAGCGUCUCCCGCCCGGACCGGGUGCUCUUACUCAGGUACGAGGACCUGCUCCGCGACGGCGCCGCCGGCGAGCACGUCAGGGCGAUGGCGAGGUUCAUGGGGCGGCCGUUCUCGGCCGCCGAGGAGGCCGCCGGCGCCGUAGCGAGCGUCGUGGAGUUGUGCAGCUUCGAGAGGAUGAAGGCGCUGGAGGUGAACCGGCGGGGCACGGCGGGGUCGUACAAGAGCAUGCCGCGCGACGCCUUCUUCAGGAAGGGCGUCGCCGGCGACUGGGCGAACCACAUGUCGCCGGAGACGGCAGCGAGGCUGGACGGCAUCUUCCGCGAAAAAUUCCGUGGCACAGGGCUCACCAUUGUUCCAUGACACGGAUCGAGCAGUUGGCCAGCGACGUCGUCGUCAGUCACUGACAUGUGGGCCAUAGCAAAGUGGAACCCACAUGUCAAUGACCCAACUGCAUGUCAGAGGAUCUGCUUCCGUGUGCUUCAUUUCAUUGUGAUUUUGCUGCUGUUUCGGACAUUUUUGUUUGGCAUCGCUUGUUUUUAUUUGUGAUUACCCACUUUUCUCGGUUCCAAUCAUGGAACGGAGAUGUGACGAAAGGCGCAUCGAAUAAAGAAAUGAGAGUGAUUCGGGCUUGAUCAUCA